AGUAAAUACGCCAGAUCUACAAUGCAAUAUGACAGAUCUUUGUUAACUGAAGAUAUUAUUGGAGCUCAACCAAAACAUAGGAAUGUCUACAUGAAUAGAUUGUUGCCCAAUCAAUUGACCUAAGAAGAAUAGAUUAGAUUAUAGUAUUACAAAUAAUGAAUAUAGAAAAUAAAUGCCUCCUCAAGAUAUUCGAUUUGGUAGAAGACGAUAUGAAAAUGAUAUUCAUCACUUUUGUAAUAUACGCCUGCCUUCAGAAAACUAAUACUUCGAUAAAAGAAAUAAAAAAAAUAAUGAUUUUCCAAAAGGAGAUGUUAAAUAGCACAUGGCCUUUGGAAAUUAUCCAGAUUAAUCUAAGUACUAGUUAGUUUUGAUAAGGGCAACUUUGGUGUGACAGACUAUUAAAUACAAAGGAUAUUGAUGGAGCAGUUCCUGGGAGUUUGCAGAGUUAAGCAGUUCGAAACCAAGAGAUUGCAAGAAAGUUGCGAUCUGAAAGAGAAAGACAGAACAAAUCAUGCAAUCCUACUUAAAUUGAGGAGAUUACCAAAGAGGAGAGUUAACAAUACUCAGGAAGGGAUCGAUCGCAUACAUUUUAGACGAAUUACUGUCAAAGUAAGAAUCGAAUAAUUUUACUUUUAGGAAAUUCAGAGAAAUCACCUUAAUUGCCACCUAUACCCGAGAAAAUUUCAGAUACGGUGGAUCAUGUAGCUAAUAAACUUCAAUUGCGAUAACCUCGUAAAAGCUUUCAAUUUGAAGACUUCAGAUAAAAAAAUAAAUAGGCAUUGUUAAGAUUAUAUGUUUGA